AUGGGUUUGGGCUUUAACCUCGGCUGGGAACGCCAAAAGCUGCGCGACGACGCGAGGGCGGAUGCGGAGAUUGAUGCCAAGCCCGUGCCGGCCUUCCGAUCCCGCGCGCCGUCGUUCCGCCGCGAGGAGCUCCGGCGCGAGCGCGCGACCGAAGCGGAGCCCGCUCCCUUGCUGCUGGAACGCUUCUUCAUGGUGACGCCGGUCGCGGCGGCCCCUAAGGAGUAG